GCCUCCCCAGAGCCGGAGCGGGCGGGGCCCGGCCCGCGCGUCACUUCCCGCGGCCGGAAGGUUCCAGAGGUUCCGCGGGGAGCCGCCAUGGCCGUGGCGCGGGAGGAGUUGCAGAAAGAUUUGGAAGAGGUUAAAGAGCUGCUCACGAAAGCCACUAGGAAGCGGGUGCGUGAUGUCCUUGCGGCAGAGAAACAAAAGCUGGAGCUGGAAAUCAAGAAUCAGCCUCCACCGAAGCCAAAAGAUGUGACAGAGGAAGAAAAGUCAUCACUGGGAGGGUACACAGUGAAAAUAAACAAUUAUGGUUGGGAUCAGUCAGAUAAGUUUGUUAAGAUUUACAUCUCUUUAAAUGGUGUCCAGAAGCUUCCAGCUGAGAAUGUGCAGGUGAAUUUCACAGAGAGGUCAUUUGAUCUGCUAGUGAAGAAUCUGAAUGGGAAGAACUACACCAUGACCUUCAACAACCUCCUGAAGCCCAUCUCAGUGGAAGGCAGCUCUAGAAAGAUAAAGACAGACAUGAUCCUUGUCAUGUGUAAGAAGAAGCGGGAGGAAAAAUGGGAUUGUCUCACUCAAGUGGAAAAAGAAAGCAAAGAGAAAGAGAAGGCUGCCUAUGACACCACAGAUCCUAGUGAAGGGCUUAUGAACAUUUUAAAGAAGAUGUAUGCGGAAGGGGACGAUGAGAUGAAGCGCACCAUCAAUAAGGCCUGGGUUGAAAGCAGAGAAAAGCAGUACAAAGGGGACAUACCAAUGGAUAUCUGAAAGCACUCUAAGGGCCGCCUUAAAACUGAUCUUCCAUGUGAGACACGCUGUGCUGCAAAGAUCAUCGUUUACAUAACCUUCUUCCAAGCAAAGACAGUCAUUUUCCAUUUCAGGUUGGAGAAAAUAUUUAAAUAAAAUAGCUUAUAAAGCAUUUCCAUCAGUCAAGUGGUUCAGCAUUUCCUGAGGAGUGAAGCAUAGGGAUAUAUCCAAAGCCUCUCAGAGGAGUGGGGAGUGCUGUGAGACUGAGAACAGAAUGUAAAAGUAAAGGAAUCUUAAACUAGGAUGGGUCAAGGCCUCUGUUGCCAGUGGCAGCUGGACCCAUGUGGUUGCUGGGGCUAGUGUCAUACUCACUUCACAGGGUGUAGCUUUCUGAUUAAAAAUGGGAAAGUGCUGAACUAUAAAGCAUGUCACAAAGGGAGAACUGCUGAAGAAAGCAGAAAUCUAAGCAUUUGAUAGUUAAGCAGAAACAAUAUGGUGUUAAUCCUGUGGUAUUGAAAUUUAAUGAUUACUCUCAGAAACUAUUCCUGUCUAAUUACUAUUACUAUGAAUUUUGGAAAUCAAAGUGCUUGGGCUAGCUGUGAGCCCAUCUCUGAGAUGGCAUCAGUCAGGAUGCAGUCUGCAGCCAUCAGCAGGAGACCAGAGACAGGGAGCUUGCCCUGGCUCCAGCAGUGAACAGUAGGAAACAAGGGAUAAGCUCCACUUUCUCCAUCAACUUUGAAAGGGUUUUAAGGUAAGAGAGUAAGUAUAUUAAGAUGGCUUAUACACCGAAGUAUAACUCAGCUGGGUGUGAUGGGUUGCUGUCAGUUUCCUGCUAGUGGUAUUUGGCCUUUUCAUUGCCACCUCUCAGCCCCUGCUGGGGAGGACAUAGCAGCCACUGCCCUCCCUUUACUGCAGUGCUUUGAAGAAGAGUACAGGGCAAAUAUGACCUUAGCAGCAAGCCUGUUACUAAUUGUGUCCUUCCUGCCUCCUUCUCAUGUGUCUCCCAAGGACAGAUGUGUUGUUACCUGUGAAUUAAGGAAGCCAUUACUCUCCUGUUAGGGUCUGGACUAGGGCUUCCUUACCACCUUGUUCUUGAAGCAUGGGACUGAGCACUGCACUAUGAACAGGAGAAAUACCAGUACAGUGUAGUUUGUAACAGGUCCUUUAGCCAUGUUGUCUGCUAGUUAAUACACAUAUAUAUUGAGUUAGCAUCCAAGAGUAUCUAAACUUGAGGCUGUGUUUUAUUUCCACUCUGUGCUUGCCCUUGUUCACAGCAGAAUACCACUUUGUCCUGUUGUGCAGUUUUACUGAUGCUUUUACCCAAAUUACCAUGAUGAACUUACCGUAUGAUGGCAACAAAAAAAUUGCUUAAACAA